AUGCUGCCGGCGCUAUGGCGGCGGAUCGAGGACGCGCACUACAGCUACCUCGAGACGGACGACAGCCCCGAGAAGCUGCAGCAGCGGGAGAAGCUAGAAGGCUACAUAAUGGAGUACCUGUCGAUCGUACCUCACGAAUGCAAGUUCGGUCUCGCCGAGACCGGUAAAGUGUUCCAACGAACGAUAACUGAGCUAUCCCAGUUCAGUGCGUACCGAGCUGGCCAAGGAUGGGCCGCUAUUGCGCGGUACGCGGCGAACUUGUUGGCCCAGCCUUGGAGGCUAGAAUAUAGGAAUAUACGGCUAUACAGCGGUUUCUACAAGCACGAAGUGGAAGCCCACAUGGUAGGCGCCGAGACCCUACUGCAGGCCAUGGGGUACCGGCCCUCGGGUCCGGGCCGCCUGGCUCUUGAAGGCCCAGUGUGCCCCGACAUGGCGGCCGCUAUAUGCCGGGACGCCAUCAUCGCUCAGUGCGAGUGCCAGAUAAUGGCAUCCGUAUGGGAGGCGGUAUGGAGCGGCGGUGGCAGAUGUACCUGGGCGUCUGUGGCCAGAGAGCGAGCGGCGUGCGCUUCCAGUGCUGCCGCGACCGCUGCUAGGUUACUGGCGCCUUCACAGGGACAAGAAAUCUACUCCAACAUCCCCGUGACAGUGCCCCUCGAGCCCACAGUCCGUCGCGACUACCCCGCCCCCCUUGAAUCUCCCGCCGAUCUCCCCACCCCCGUUCUUCCCUAUAUGUUACCCCCCAUGAUGUACCCCGACAUGACCAACGUGCCCAAUAUGGCUAUGCCCCCUGUGCCAAUGAUGACGUACCCCGUGCCCUACUUCUAUCCGGUCCAAGCGCCGUAUAUGAUACCGACACCUAUGUACGCGCCUAUCAAACACGCCAAUAAUGUUCCUGUCAACGGAUAUCCGCCACAAUAUAGGUAUCCAGCAGUGCCAACAGCUCAGCUCAUCGAACUAGACUCCCCCUCAAUCUACGAAAACGGAAAAUACGACAGACACAGAGACGACGACCGACACAAGAAACGGCUAGAAAGCUCUAGAAGAAACAGCACUUCCAAAUCAGGCUUCAGCGAUGUCUCCCUACCCAGUCUCCCGCGAUCUGACACCCAGCCCGCCUUAAGCAAAGCCAGAGAAGAUGGCAUGGGGACCUAUGAGAGCUGGGACUAUGUCUUCAGAAACCUCUCCAGCAAAGACCAAGAAGGAGACAGCACCAGCAGGAGUAGAUUCUCACCAUCCCUAGACAGAGACUCCCGAACACUCGACAGGCUAGACAGAGAAGAAAGACGCGCCAAAUACCAACCAACAACUUUAGACUUAGAAGACGGCCUACAAGCCUUAAACCUCGACAGAUCUUACGACGAAGAAAUGUACAGAACAGCUAAAGUGAACGAGAACUUGAUGAGGUUAAAGCUGGAACAAGAACAGAAAAGAGCUAAGCAGUUAAAGAAGCAAGCAGAAGAUAAGAAGAGGAAGUCUGAGCCUGUGGGGAAUCCGAAAGCAGAUGCGCUUAUAACGCCUAAAGUAGCGCCGGACAAAGUGAGGUUAUUAACUAAGAAGGAUGUUAAAGAUAGGAAGGAGGUUAUAAAGCAGCAGAACUCUGUGAACGGGUCGGUUACUAGUGUGGAGGUUAAGAAGGUCAAGAAACCGGUGAGGCCUGUGGAGGAGAAGCCGAGGAGUAAGCCGUAUGAGAAUGGACACGGGACGUCGCAUUCGAAAACUAAUUCAGUCUCAAGCACAACACCAAACUACGACUUAAAAGCACAACUAAUAGUAUCCCUAGACGAGACGGACUCGCGGCCUUCGCCCCGAAACAGAAUGGGGAAAGACCGACCAGCAGGGCGGAGUCCAGAACAGAAGACAAGCAAGAUCGGUGGCAGUGUGGGACUUGCACGUAUCUGAACAAAGCUAGUCUACAGGCGUGCGAGAUGUGCGGCAAAUCAAAACUCGGCCCCACCAUCCAGCCGCUGACGUCCGGCGGGCGCGAGUGCCCCGCCUGCACGCUCGUCAACGCGCGCGCCGCCGGCGCCUGCGAGGCGUGCGGCACCAGCCUCGACCACUGCCCUACCUACAUCUAGACGCGAGACCAAUACACGGUAUAACCACCGGUAUACACUACUCUACAGGCAGAUAACCUGGAGAGAAUAAUCAUGACGGGCAAAGUUGAAGGCA